AUGCGUGUUGUUCUUAUUGUUCUAUUUGCAUUAAUUUAUCGAAUCGAUUGUCAUGGUCAACAUGGAACUGCUGGUAGUCAGCAUGGACCUGCUGGUAGUCAACCGUCAGGUGGACAACCACAUGUUGCACGAAAAAUGGAAGAUUAUGUACAUGAUGCGGAACAUCUUCGACAUGAUUUAGAAGGUCAAAUAAAUACGCCAAAAGAAGAAAUGACAUCGGAACAACAAAAUUUUUAUUAUUUUAAAUUACAUGAUACAAAUGAUGAUAAUCGUUUAGAUGGUUUAGAAAUUGUAGCUGCUUUUGAUCAUGCACAUCAAGAGGAAAAAAGUAAUACUAAUGAUACAACAGGACAAACUCCUCCGCAUCAAGAACGACUUGUUGAUGAAGAACUUAUACGUAUUGUUGAUGAUAUACUAAAAGAAGAAGAUCUUGAUUAUGAUGGAUAUAUUAGUUAUGAAGAAUUUAAACGUGCUAUUGAAGGUCAUUCUAAUGCACAAGGAUAA